AUGCUGCCCACCUCCCUGAAUGAUGCUCACGUAGCCGAGGGUGCCGACGACAGCAGUUUCACCCGGAUUCCCCCGGUACUUUUGGAGGAUCCACAACGUACACAUCUGACUUCGUCUUCCUCACACAUGGCCUUUACCUUAUCCAACUCCCUUGUACAGUUUCUCUCACCACUACAGCUACAAGGCUUUGCGUCACGGCUUAUCGAGUCGUGUGGUGUGCACCACGUGGAUGAACUUGCCGCCCGAGUGACAUGCGAAGACGACGUUGAGGAGCUUCUUGGAUCUCAUGCUUCUUUGCAGCAGCGCCGCGACUUAUGGAAGGGGGUGUGCAAGUGGAAGAGAACAGCCGGGAAGCGAGUGCGCGAGCCGACAAGAAAAGCGGACAAGACGAAGGCGUUGGUGGGUAGAAAAUUUUGUGACGCUGACGUGUUGUCAGAGGUGGUUCCCUGUUCUAUGACAGGGCGGUUUAUCGAUUUGGAUAAAUGUACACCCUCGCAGUUUAUACGUCAGUUUGCUUUUUGCGGCCGUCAAGAAACUGAAACGAACUUGGUAACAGGGCUGUCUGCGGAAAAGGACACAACCAACGCCGUUGAAACUGUGACAAGGGAGGCAGAUGGUGCUGCUGCAACAACAGCGAUAGCUGCAUCGCUGGAGGUGUCUCCGCACUCCUCCUCGUGGACCUCCUCGGUGAAUCCAUUGGGCAGUACUCCUUUUCGUCCAGAGAAGCGCUAUCGUCGUGAGGACUUACCCAUAUCGGCUCUUACCAUGGGGCUUGGGAUGGAAACUGCAGGGAGAAAUGACUUUGAGGUGGGCGAAACUUGUUGCGAAGGGGAUGAACCGCGACGGAAUUCGGUUUCCUUGGCAGUGCCCUUGGAAGCAGAGGGCGAGGUUGUUGACAUUCGGCAACCAAUCGAGGAGUGUUUUGCAGAGUAUGAAGUAAUGCGAGAGGCGAUGUGUGUGGCGCUGAGCAAUGCGGUCGAAACCUACAAUGAAGGACUUCGAGCGCUUCAGGAAAGACUUCGCGCUUUACUUGCAGCAACGGCGACGAAGAGGCAGCAUGGAUCGCGUGAUGGAGAUGCUUUUGCAGCUCUGGAAACGGCGGCCAGGCUUGACGGUGAACCUUCGUUGCGUGUGGAGAUGCAUCCCGCGGGGCCCCAGCAGACAGGGAAAGUGUCGUUUUAUACGCACGCGCCACACCACUCUUCAGAAAGAAUGCAAUCCGUGAACAAAGGAGAUAAUUGUUUGAGUGGUAGUGCUGGUGACAAUCCGGAGUUUUGCGGGGUUCCAAGACCGUCUGAGGCAAAUAACGCGCAACUGCGUCCGUCUUUGAUGUGCAACACAACAUUUGUUUCCCCUUUCUUUGCCAACAUGGGCGACGACGCGCUGCCUAGCCUCAGCGACAUGACUUCCCCCAGCAGAGGAAGUUACCGGCGUACAGAAAAGUUGUCGCUAGAGGAAUAUGAGCGGCGGCGAACGGCAACGUUGCAAAACUGUCCUCAUGAGAUGUCAAGACUCGCCACAAAUGAUACUUCGCAGGGUAUUCCCGCCGCCUUUUCUCUUGAUGAGGAAAGUACGGUGCCGUUCCCUUCCAACAUGAGACAUGAGAGCAUUGCUGGCGUCACUGCUGAGCGCGAAACAGGCAGCGAUCGUGAAGAUACAUUCCCGCCACACUCAUCGGCGGCAGCAGCCACGUGCCCUUUGCUUGGAGAGGCCACAGCGGAUCUGACACAUCAGGAGCCUCUUGAACCAUGUGACACAUUUUUCCUGGACGAUUUUGGUUUGCAAGCCGUUUCCAACGAAGUUGCACAUUCGACUCUUAGAUGCCCCGCGCAGCCUGAAUUUGCAGGUGAGGUGUUUAUGAGCGAUGCUAACCCAUCUUGUACAGCGAUGGAGACGCAGGUGAUCGAUGUGGAUGCACUAUCUUCGUUGGAGAGUGACACAAACGAGGAACGUUUGAUACAAAGACCGCAGGGUGAUAAUGAUGUCAUCCCUGUUGAUGAUUGUAGUGAACAAGUGUCGGCACGUAGCAGUCCCAUGGCGUUGCAUGGCGGUUCGUCUCAAGAGGAACACAUUUGGAUGUGUUCACAGCUACCUCGAGAGCGUCAACGGGCUGUGUCGCGAAGCUCUUCCUUAUGCCUUGAAGAAUUAGGGAAUGCCCAUAUGGAUUCUGUUUCCAUGUCCAUGAGCAAUUGUCCCAGAGGUCUGGAUUGGACAACCUACGGUGGUAUAGCUGCAGAUGCACAAGACCUGUUUCCAACGCUUCAUCCGAAUGCGGAUAAAACAGGUCAGAUGAGUGGUUCUGAACAUAAUAUGGAUGAAGAAGCUACAGUGCUAGUGGUGGGAGAAAGAGAUUUUUCACCUCUUCGUUCACUAGCUCCUGAAGGGUUACCACCAAUGCCAUCAAGGAGUUUGAUGAAUACGGCUCUGCCGCACCUGCAAGAUCCAUUGAACGACACAGCGGAUGAAUUAACAACGGAGGGAGUUAUGAACAUGGAUUAUGACACGCUACACCAAUGGUGCCUGCGUCUUGGUCUGCGCAUCCUCUACGAUGAGGCGUACGCUACGGAUACUGGGGAGGAGGCGUCGUACGUCGCCACGGGUAUGGAAGAGGUGCUUGGGGAGGAGGAUAGUCGUGAUAAUGCCUUAACGCAGGGAGAAAACAGUAAUGGAUGGUGGUUAGGUGACGGUGGUGUGGGUAUUAGUGGGGGCGAGCGCAACCUACUAGACGGUGAUCCUUCUUCACGCUCUCCACAAAGGCCGCCAAGGAGCGAAGGAGGUGGUACAACGACUCCAUUGCCGUUUACACCGGGGGCUGAUACAAACGAAUCAGAAUGGCGGGGCCUUCAACGUGCAGCCUUGAUGGAGCAAAUGCGGGAGACACUGCGGCUGUUUAUUACACGUCGGCAGUUUAUGUUUGAGGUUGUGCCUUUUUUCUUUCACCGUCUUCCGAGGUUUUCUGGUGGAGACGCAUACAAGCCCGUGCGAGCCGCGGAUUUGGUGAGGAGCCAACUGGCGUUGACCCGUCAAGAGUUAGAGGAGCAGCGUCGGUUGGCGAAAAUGAAGGAGACCGAGGAGGUGGCCUGCUGCGUGAUCACCAGUCUCGCCGCUGAAGCAGCAGAGAGCAUAGAACGGCAGGCGGUGUUUCCUGCGAAAGGCAAAGAUGUUUCUACGUGUCAAGGUAUAACUCACUUGCCAACCUCCAUGCGAAGUCGCUCUCCACAGAGAACAUGCGUUCCAGCAUGCUUGGAUAUUCCACUGUAUGAGCAACUGUUGCUGAUGGAGCCAACAGAUGUUCAGGCGGUGACGAGUCUCGUUCAGGCUGACUUUCCGCACGUGUCUCGGCAUCGCGUGGAGGCUCUUCUUGAAGAGAGUGGAAUCCCACUUGGCGUUCCACGUCGUAUGCGCAACACUCAGAGCGAUGGCGGUGGGGAGUUGAAUGCGACGCAGCGCUCAGCAUCAUCGUGUUCACCCCCGCCAGACUCACCGAUAGUUUCGACGCAAACAGGGCAGACAACGAGCGCUCAAGAAAGUAAGAGACGCUUUUUUGCCCAGAGAGCCUGGGCGCAGCGAAGGAGAAACCGGUAA